AUGAAGCGAGGAAUAACAUUAACAGAUGACUGUAAUACAGCUUUUACUCAAAAUCUGAAUGAAAAUGACACAGAAGAAUUAUCCAAUGCUAAUUUUUCAUCAAAUAAGUUAAAAAAAUUAGAGUUUUGUGAAAAUAUAUCAUUGGAUGAAAAAAAAGAACAGAAAAAAAUAAUAUGUAAUCUUCCAACUAAAUGUAUACAUAAUCCAUCUGUUUUUUUCUCUUUUUCUGCAUAUGAAGCACAUUAUCAGCAACAACAUUGUAAUGUUUGUUAUAAAUGUGGAAAGGUUUUUCCGUCACUAAGAAUAGUCGAAUUACAUAUUUCUGAAGUGCAUGAUCCAAUUGCAUCUCUCAAGAAGGAACGUGGUGAACGAAUUUUUGCAUGUUUUAUUGAAAAAUGUGAAGAACUAUUUCGUAAUACUGGAGAACGAAAGAAGCAUUUGGUGCAGAACCACUUAUAUCCUAAAGAGUAUCAUUUUGGUAUUGUUUAUACAGGAAUUUCAUCAAAAAAUACAAGCUUACUUUCUUUUUCGAAAAAAAAUACAAAGAAAAAAAACAAGAAGCAUCAACAACAAACAAAAACAAAUUCUCAGUCAUCAUCGGGUGAUUCUCUCAUGAAUGAACUUGCUGAUAAAGUAGCAUCUACUAGGCUUGUUCCAUUAAGUGUGCGUUUUGGUUGUGGAGGAAAUAAAACGAAACUCGCAUUUCUUGAUUAUUUAAAGUGUUUAUGUCUAAAUUUACUUAAAUUUAUUAUUCAGCAAUAG